AUUAACAUGUUCAACCAGUUUCGACAAUGUGGUACAACUGCUCGAGCGCUCAGACCUCUAGCUCCAGUUACCCGUCCUUGCCUUGGGUGAUUUCAACAAUAUGUUUGCAUUCACGAACCUCUUAUUCACUAUCACAUCUCUGGCAUUGUUGGCACUCUCACUACCACUGAACUUGAGGGAUGUGGUAGAUCCGCCCAUCACUAGUCCAACGGCGGGCACUGUAUGGCAUGUCGGAGAGAAGCAACUGAUAACUUGGAGCACUGACGGUUUGUCUUCUAACGUCACCAAUCCGGUUGGGAUGCUGGUUCUGGGAUACAUGUACAACAAUAGCGAGAAUUUAAUGUUGAAUUCACCACUUGCAACGAACAUCAAUUAUACGGACGGUCAAGUUCUGAUCACCGUCCCCAAUGUGGAGACACGAGAAGAUUAUAUCGUUGUUUUGUUUGGGGACUCUGGCAAUGCUAGUCCAGAGUUCACCAUCAUCAACGACAGUUCAUCUUCGUCUGCUCCUGCGCCGUCCACAUCUUCAGUUCAGUCGGUCACUCCUACGGGUAGCGUAUCCCCUACAGGUCAAACUCCCUCGGAAACCCUGACAUCAACUCUGGUUAAUUCGACUCCCACAACAACUUCUGGCAUAACACUUGCAGCCGGGGCAUCUACGCCUACUUUAAGUUCUGGCACAUCCUCAGUUGUCACGUCUACUGCAACGUCAACACAAACUACACACACGGGUGCUGCAUGGAGGAACCAUGCGUCAGGCGCAUCAAUUAUACUCGCCUUGGUAUCACUGCUCUACAUCCUGUAG